CAAUUUGGAUUGAGCAGAAGACAUGCACCUGAGGAAAUAGACGAAGAAAGGGUUGCUCACUUGAUCAGACAAGAACUAAAUGGCGACGGGUGCCUAUUAAGAUAUCGUGCAAUGCGGCGGCUUAUUAGAAGGAAAUAUCACGGUAAAGUGCCGCGAAGAGUAGUACAAAGACUGCUUCGUGAAAUACAUCCCGAAGGAUCUAAUGAACGUAGAUCACACCGUCUUAAGCGAAGAGAGUAUAACAACCCUGGUCCAAACUUCUGCUGGCACGCAGAUGGUUACGACAAACUAAGACCGCAUGGAUUCCCAAUACAUGGGUGUAUAUAG